GUCACUCUAGCCCGGCCGCCGCCGCCCCUCCCCAUCUCUAUGGGCCGCGGAGGGGGGGAAGGUUGCGAGCGGGGCGGCGGAGUCAACGAGGAGCCGGUUGCUGGCUGAGGCGAGAGAGGGCGGGAGGUUUCAGCAGGCCGCGGGGCUCUCCGCCUUCCCCCUUCCCUCCCUUCGGCCUCAUGUGAGCGGGGCCCCCGGCUUGCGAGGGCCCGGCGGGAGAGAGAGAGAGGAGCGGGGCGAUGAAGAAGGACGUGAGGAUCCUGCUGGUGGGAGAACCCAGAGUUGGGAAGACCUCACUUAUUAUGUCUCUUGUCAGUGAAGAAUUUCCCGAAGAGGUUCCUCCACGAGCAGAAGAAAUCACCAUUCCAGCUGAUGUUACCCCAGAGAGAGUGCCAACCCAUAUAGUGGAUUAUUCAGAAUCUGAACAAAGUGACGAACAGCUCCAUAAUGAAAUAUCGCAAGCGAAUGUAAUCUGCAUAGUAUAUGCAGUUAACAACAAGAAUUCAAUUGAAAAGGUAACAAGUCGAUGGAUUCCUCUCAUUAAUGAAAGAACAGACAAAGACAGCAGGCUGCCUCUUAUACUAGUUGGGAACAAAUCAGAUCUGGUUGAAUACAGUAGUAUGGAGACGAUCCUUCCCAUUAUGAACCAAUAUACAGAGAUAGAAACUUGCGUAGAGUGCUCAGCCAAGAACUUGAAGAACAUAUCCGAACUAUUUUAUUAUGCGCAGAAAGCUGUUCUACAUCCUACAGGACCCCUCUAUUGUCCAGAGGAAAAAGAGAUGAAGCCUGCCUGUAUAAAAGCACUAACUCGGAUCUUCAGGAUUUCCGAUCAGGAUAACGAUGGCACCCUUAAUGAUGCAGAACUCAACUUCUUUCAGCGAAUUUGUUUUAAUACACCGUUGGCACCUCAAGCACUGGAAGACGUAAAGAAUGUAGUCCGGAAAAAUCUAAGCGAUGGAGUUGCAGAUAAUGGAUUAACAUUAAAGGGUUUUCUUUUUCUACACACACUAUUUAUUCAGCGAGGGAGACAUGAAACAACCUGGACAGUAUUGCGGCGUUUUGGAUAUGAUGAUGACCUCGAGCUGACACCAGAGUAUUUAUUUCCUUUAUUAAAAAUACCUCCGGACUGCACAACAGAGUUGAAUCACCAUGCCUAUUUGUUCCUCCAAAGCAUUUUUGAUAAGCAUGAUUUGGACCGAGAUUGUGCUUUGUCUCCUGAUGAACUCAAGGAUUUGUUCAAAAUCUUCCCUUAUAUGCCGUGGGGACCAGAUGUCAACAGCACUGUUUGUACAAACGAAAGGGGAUGGAUAACGUAUCAGGGAUUUCUCUCUCAGUGGACACUAACUACGUAUUUGGAUGUACAGCGCUGCCUGGAAUAUUUGGGCUACUUAGGAUAUUCAAUAUUGACUGAACAGGAAUCCCAGGCAUCAGCAAUUACAGUAACUAGAGAUAAAAAGAUUGACCUGCAGAAAAAACAGACUCAGAGGAACGUGUUCAGGUGCAAUCUAAUUGGGUUGAAAGGCUCUGGAAAAAGUGGAGUCCUCCAGGCACUGCUUGGAAGAAACCUAAUGAGACAGAAGCAUAUACGUCCAGAGCACAAAUCUUAUUAUGCAAUUAAUACAGUCUAUGUGUAUGGACAGGAAAAAUACUUACUGUUGCAUAACGUUUGUGAAUCUGACUUCUUAUGUGAUUCUGAAAUCAUGUGUGAUGCUGUAUGCCUAGUUUAUGAUGUCAGCAACCCCAAAUCCUUUGAAUACUGUGCCAGGAUUUUUAAGCAACACUUCAUGGACAGCAGGAUACCUUGCUUAGUGAUAGCUGCCAAGUCAGACCUUCAUGAAGUUAGACAAGAGUACAGCAUUUCCCCGGCCGAAUUCUGCAAAAAACACAAAAUGCCUCCACCACAAGCCUUUUCUUGUAACACGGUUGAUGCACCGAGUAAGGACAUCUUUGUUAAGUUGACAACGAUGGCCAUGUAUCCCCAUGCCCGAUUACGCUGUAUGUGCACCUGCAACAGGUGUACAUUUUGCAUCUGUCAGAACCUCCUCAACUCAGACUUGCUGCAAUCUGUAAAGAACAAACUCUUCACCGCAGUUCUUAACAGGUUAAGAGCCGCUGUAGCUGAAUUGGGUGCCAUGCUGUUAUCAGACGAGGAGAGCAGUAUUGUUCACCAGGUGCACGCCGUCCGCUCUGUAGAGGAUUCCAUCUUCAUGGAGUCAUCCCUUGAUCCUCAGUUACUUGAAGACAGGCAUGUGACGCAAGCAGACCUCAAGAGCUCCACCUUUUGGCUUCGAGCGAGUUUUGGUGCUACAGUCUUUGCCGUUUUGGGCUUUGCCAUGUACAGAGCAUUACUAAAGCAGCGAUGAUCUGGAAGAAAAGCACGUUUCUCGCAGGGGAGGGGCCUACCAAAAGGGAAAGAGAAAGAAACUUUUAUGUACAUUCUAAAUCCGCUAGAAAUAUUUAUAUAUGCGAGUUACUUUAUUACUUGUAAUUCAUGGAUAAGAUUAUUUUAAAUGAUAGCUCUAAACUUGCAGUAUUGCGAUGGUUGUGGAAGAUGUUUUUGCAUUACAGUGGCUAACUGAAAACGGCUACAUUUGUUAAGGCCCAAAGGGAAUUAUUGUAAAUAUAACUUGUAUAUAUUAAGGCAGCGAGCCAGAAUGUCCCCCAAAGUUAUUAUAAUUGGCAUUAAUAGAUGUUUCAAAUGGAGUGAGCGAGAGUGUAAUUAGAAUUUGUUUUAAGCAAUGUAGGUUCAAGUCCAGGAUCACCAUUCAUUUAUUUAUUUCACAGGUGUGUGACAUUCUCUCUUUGGGCUCACAGUGCUUGGGGGAGGGCUGAGUUCCCUCCUCUUUCAGUAACUGAACUUUACCCCACGGAUCUUAUUUCACAAGUGUUUCAUUCCCACUGCAGCUUUUAUUGGACUUGGAUUGAUUAUUUUUACAUCCUAGGUUAAGCAGCAAAAUGUGCCGCAGGUCAAGGACGGGGGGUGGGAGAGAAGGAGAGCUGUGCAUUCCCUCCGAUAGAAGAGCACCAAGCAGCAUCCGUGUGUUUGUCAGAAUCUUGACUCUUGUGUGCCAUUCCGCAACUCUCUCGUUUCCCACUCUGUUGUGUUUUGCAGACUUUUCAAGGUGGGGCGGCGGCAAUCAAUUUGUAUAUUACAACUGUUUAUAAUUCCAAAGUGUUUUGUUUCAUCCUCACUUCCGCAAGCCGUUCUCCCAAAAGCUGGGCGUAUGGGGUAGAGCCGAAAUAUUACACAGUGCUUUACUCUCUACUUGGUAGAUUAGUUGCAUGGUUUGCACUGCGUCCUAUACUUCGCUGGAAUUACCUGUAGGUGGCAUUUUUGAACAAAAAAGAAGGUCAGGAAACCUCAUAAGCGGAAAUUCCUCACUGUCAAACCUAUUUCCUCCCCCCAUCACUGGCCUUUUCAAGUAUUUCAAUAAAUAACUCUACUGUG